AAGAAACUUGUAGGAAGCCCAACACAUUUCUGAUCUCUUCUUUCUUCAGCUCCACCGACGCUUCCCAUUCUCACUUCUCUAAACCUCAUCUCCCUCCAUAAACACCCACAAACCUCACCAUAUUUACCACUCUAACCUAACCAAAUACAAUUCAAAGCAUUGUGCUCCACACAGCCUCAUCCUGAACGCGACCUCACACUCCAGUUCCCUUCGGUUCAACUCGGCCGAGUCAGAAUGCUGGAGCGGUGCUUAGGGCCUCGCCGGGCCCGCCAAGUCCAGAGGAUGCUCCGCCACGGAACGACGACGUUUCUCUGUCUAUUCUUAACCGUCGUCGUCCUGCGCGGCACAAUCGGCGCCGGCAAAUUCGGAACCCCGGAACAAGACUACAACGAAAUCCGCGAGCACUUCUACUCGAACAACCGGCGCGUGGAGCCCCACCGGGUCCUCCAAGAAGCCACCACCCAACCCGACCAAAAGGAAGCCGACCCAGCCCAGUCCAACAACUACGCCACCUUCGACAUAUCCAAAAUCCUCGUCGACGAACCAGGAUCCGACGACGAAAAGCGGGACCCGAACACUCCGUACAGUCUUGGGCCAAAAAUAUCGGAUUGGGACGAGCAGAGAUCCGAUUGGUUGAAAAAGAACCCGAGUUUCCCCAACUUUCUCGGACCCAAUAAGCCCAGGGUGUUGCUGGUAACCGGGUCGUCGCCCAAACCGUGUGAAAACCCGGUCGGCGAUCACUAUCUCUUGAAAUCGAUUAAGAACAAAAUCGACUAUUGUAGGAUCCACGGGAUUGAGAUCUUCUACAACUUCGCGCUUCUGGACGCAGAAAUGGCAGGGUUUUGGGCCAAGCUUCCAUUGAUCCGAAAGCUCCUGCUUUCCCAUCCGGAAAUGGAGUUUCUAUGGUGGAUGGACAGCGACGCCAUGUUCACCGACAUGGCGUUUGAGGUCCCCUGGGAACGCUACAAGGACCACAACUUCGUUAUGCACGGCUGGAACGAGAUGGUGUACGAUCAGAAGAACUGGAUCGGGUUGAACACCGGAAGCUUCUUACUGAGAAAUUGCCAGUGGUCUCUUGACAUUCUGGACGUCUGGGCUCCGAUGGGUCCGAAGGGGAAGAUCCGAGACGAGGCGGGUAAGGUUUUGACCCGGGAGCUCAAAGGCCGACCCGUUUUCGAAGCCGACGACCAGUCCGCCAUGGUUUACAUCUUGGCGAAAGGGAGAGAGACUUGGGGGGAGAAGGUGUACUUAGAGAGCGCGUAUUAUUUGCACGGGUAUUGGGGCAUUUUGGUGGAUCGAUACGAGGAGAUGAUCGAGAGCUACCAUCCGGGUUUCGGCGACCACCGGUGGCCGCUCGUGACCCAUUUCGUGGGUUGCAAGCCGUGCGGGAAGUUCGGGGAUUAUCCGGUGGAGCGGUGCCUGAAGCAGAUGGACCGGGCUUACAAUUUUGGGGAUAAUCAGGUGUUGCAGAUGUAUGGGUUCACCCAUAAGUCUCUGGGUAGUAGGAGAGUGAAGAGGGUUAGGAAUGAGAGUAGCAACCCACUUGAAGUGAAGGAUGAGCUUGGCUUGCUUCACCCUGCUUUCAAAGCUUUCAAGCCAUCAUCAUCAUCUUCUUGAUCCUUUUUUUUAUCCCACUUUUUUUUCUCUCUCUCUUUUUUAUUUAUUUUAUUAAAGGUAAUAAUACAUGUCAAUUUGUAUCUUCUUGCUUUUCUGAUUUGUUGUGUUAGAAAUGACUUUAAACUUCAGAUACAAUUCUUGGCUUUUUGGAAGAAA